UAAAAAUACGUUAUGAUUGUCCUAACCUACCAAAAGUAUGAUUGAAUGUCGUGACAUAUUUCUUUAAACGUAAACAAUGGUGCUAGCUACCCCUCACAGGAUUUGAAAUUAAAAAUCAAUUUGAAUGUAGGGAAACAAAAAAAAAAGAUAAUUUUGUUGAAGGAUAAAUUAGAGAAACUUAAAUAAUUGAGAGAAGUACAGCUAACUAAAUGAUAGUUUAGGAGGUUUUUUAUAGGGAUAGUUCAGGAGUUAUCUAAACAUAGACCAUGUUUGACGGUAGUGUUGUAGACUUUUUUCAAAUCAAAUUGAUAUCGGCAUAGCUAUUGUAGGGAUCCCACGAAUUGUACUGUAUCGAGGACAAGAUACUUCCUCAAGUCGUCGGUCAGUGCCAGUUUAUGUGGGGGCCGUGAGUAAUCCAUCUGUCCAUCUGAACAAAGCAGCCGACUGUAAUUGUCAAAAAGAUAAUAGUAUCCAUCCAAACAACCUUUCAUCCAGCCAAAAUACGGAUUCCUACACUCAUCUCAUCAGUGACAGUGAGAGCAGCUCAUACCACUAAGGCACUAACAGGAUUUUUUUUUUCUUGGAUCCACAUCUAGUUCCCUAACUCCAAGAUACGAUGAUUAUGUGAGUCGGAGGAGAGGGGAGGAGGAAUCGAAGAUGGGAGGAACUGGGGAGGAGAGCGCCUUGGCGGGGAUGAUGGGCCCCGCGGUCGACAAGCUCGCUAGCCUCGUCGAGAAGUACACCGAGCUUAGAAACGUGAGGAAGAAGAUGGAGCAGUUGAGGAAGGAGCUGAUCGCCAUCAACCUCGCGCUGGAGAAGCACGCGGCCAUGGAGAGCCCGGACGCGCAGGCGAAGGCGUGGGCGGCGGAGAUGCGCGAGCUGGCCUACGACUUGGAGGACAGCAUCGACCUCUUCACCCACCACAUCGACCACGAACCGCCGGACACCACCACCGGCGUCAAGAGGUUCUUCCUCCGGAUGAUCCGGAAGCUCAAGAAACUCCACUACCGCCAUAGGUUUGCUCAGGAGAUCAAAGAACUUCAUGACCUUGCCAACGAAUCGUACCGGCGUCGGAAGAGAUACAGGAUCGAAGAGGGCGGUUCAGGCAUCUCGCACGCGGAGAUCGAUCCUCGGUUACAGGCACUCUAUGUGGAGGUGGAGAAGCUCGUGGGCAUCCAGGGCCCAAGCCAGGAGAUCAUUGGCCGGCUCGUCGGCGAGAACCCGCCAGCGGAGCGACGGAGGGUUGUCGCCAUUGUUGGAUCCGGAGGUUCAGGCAAGACUACACUUGCUAAACAGGUGUACGAGAAAAUCAGGGACCAAUUCUCUUGCGCAGCUUUUGUGUCCGUGUCGCAAAAGCCCAAUAUGAUUAGCCUUCUGUGGGAGUUGCUAUCUCAAAUUGGGAGCCACGGUGGAGAUUUAGGAUUGAUGGCAAUAGGAUCUUGCAGCGAAAAACAACUAAUCGACAGACUAAGAUCAGAUCUUGAAAAUCAGAGGUAUCUCGUUGUGAUAGAUGAUGUUUGGACAAAGUCAGCAUGGGAAAUCAUACAAUGUGCUCUUCCUAAUAAUGGUCAUACAAGUAAAGUAAUUAUGACAACACGCAUCAACAGUGUAGGUCAGUUCUCCAGCACUUCAGAUGAGGGUUUCAUCUAUCAAAUGAAACCUCUUAGCAGAAAUGAUUCUGAAAAUUUAUUUUUGAAAAGGACAUUAUGUGCUGAAGAUAAGUUUCCUGUUCAGCUGACGGGGAUUAAAAAUGAGAUAAUUGAAAAAUGUGAUGGUUUGCCGCUGGCUAUUGUUACUCUAGCUAGCAUGUUAGCUACUAAACCGAGAACAGAGGAAGAAUGGGAGAGGGCACUUAAUUCUAUCCAUUCUAUGCACGAGAAAGAUAGUGGCCUGGAAGUGAUAGACAAGAUACUGUCUCUGAGUUACAGUGAUCUACCUCACAAUAUGAGAAAUUGCUUAUUGUAUCUCAGUACAUUUCCAGAGGAUCACAUGAUUUACAAAGAUAGCUUAGUACGGAGAUGGAUAGCUGAAGGAUUUAUCACUGAAAAACAAGGCUUUACCUUGGAGCAAGUUGCCGAGAGUUACUUUUAUGAGUUCGUAAACAGGAGUUUGGUCCAGCCCAUAACCUUGCGUUCAAGAUAUGAAACACGUAGCGAAGGAGGUUGUCGAGUCCAUGAUAUUGUAUUGAACUUCCUCAUCUCUCGUUCAGCUGAAGAAAAUUUUUUAACUAUGUUGUAUGGCGAGGGGGUUCCAUCUUCAGAUCAAAGGAUUCGUCGGCUCUCUGUCUGGGACAAUCCAGAACAUGCACUGGCAGUCUCUCGAGCAACCAUGAAUCUGUCCCAUCUCCGGUCAGUUAGUAUAUGCAAUGUUGGAGGUUGGACUAUGCCUCCUGUUUUAGACCUACCUGUCCUUCGAGUGUUAGAUCUAGAGGGAUGCCGUGAUUUGAGGAUUGUUGACCCUGAUUGCAUUUUAACGUUAUUUCAUCUGAGAUACCUGGGGUUCCGUAGUGCAAGCGGUGUUGUGCUACCAGAUCAAAUUGGAAAUCUACACUAUCUGCAGACCAUCGAUUUAAGCGGGACUGGAGUAACACAUCUGCCAGAAAGUAUUGUUCGGCUCAAGUUACUGAUGCAUCUUGUUGGUCAACGUCUCAUCAUGCCAGAUGGGUUUGGUAACAUGGAAUCCCUUCAGGAAUUAGGGACUAUUGAUUGCUGGAAGUGCUCCAUCAAUUUUGGGGAAGAUCUGGCACUUUUGAGCAGGUUGAGGGUGCUCCGAGUGACUUUCAUCGGGGUUGAAACAAGUGAUAUGGAAACUAGAAAAAGAUCUUUGAUGCCAUCCCUCUGCAAACUCGGAGGAAACAACCUUCGGUGUGUCACUAUUAAUGACCAUGUUGGUGGUGGAGAGAGUUUUGUUGAUUCGUGGUACCCUCCUCCAUGUCUCCUCCAAAAGUUCAUUCAUAUCAGCCAAUACUUCUCCAGGUUUCCAAAGUGGAUUAGUUCCUGUCUUUGUGAUCUCACCCACUUGGAUAUAAAAGUUGCAAAGAUGGAAAGAGAGUAUCUACAUAUUCUUGAAGAUCUGCCUGCUAUCCGCUCCCUAUAUCUUUUCGUAAAGCAAGUUUCCAAAGAUGGACUCAUCAUCAGUCGUGGUGCAUUCCGAUGUCUAAGGCGUUUCGAAUUCUGUAAUAUAGAUGGACCUGGUUUGAUAUUUGAAGGAGGCAUGCGAAUGCUAGAAUGGCUUAGGCUCGGAUUCGACGCAGAUAGAGCACAAUCAACAUAUGGCAGUUUGGAGGUUGGCAUCCAGCACCUCUCAUCUCUCAAACAUAUCGUGCUCAUUGUCCGGAUGAUUUCUGAAGGUGCUAAUGAUCCAGCGGAGCAAGCCGUCAAGUCUGCCAUCAGUGGCCAAGUAAAGAUGCUCCCCAACUGCCCCACUGUUGACAUCCGAUUUCGUAGACGGUGUCUGCUGGCGGGCACAGAAUAAGAACCACACAAAAGAUGACUUUGGAUGUGGCAUGUAGCAGCUUGCGUCUUGUAAUACGUGUACUGGAGUAUUAUGUUUCUUCUGCAGUUUAUGCUUGGCAAAAUGGCAAGCUCGACACUUCGCACCGCAUGCUCCAUUCAGUGACAUGCAACUCUUCUGGGAAAGAAAUUGCCAAUCGUUUCCCUUCAAGACUGCUUCCUGAAUUGGAAGAUCUGGCAUAACUGAAUAAUCUGCAUCAGUCAAAUGAUAAUCUCACAGUUUUGAAGAGAGAUCUGUAUGUUUCUUGGAGUACUUACGCUUCCUCAAUUGCACAGAGCAAGCAAUCGUGAAGAGCAACCUAAUGUCUGCAUUGUACAUGACUGCAAAAGGGAGUUGCAGGAUGCUAUGGAGGGACUCUUAGAAUAGCUGUAACCGUCUGGAGUCACUUCCCAUGGAGAGAUGUGCAGUCACAUCUAACAUCUUGGGGAAAAGAGAAUUGUUUAAGCGACAUUGCCAACAGAACCGACGAAGUAAGUUUGUAAAGAUCUAUAUGAAAGGAGCGAUGAGUUGUCAUUAAAAUAUAUGGCCAAGAAAGAAAGUGGUGUUAAUGUCGAUAUGCAGCAGGAGUCAACAGAACAUAAAGAGACAGAACCUAAAGAAAUUAUGCUGGUGACAGAAACGGCAAAAUAACAAGGUCGUUUUUGGAGUGGACCCGUGCGAAAUCAGAGGAGAAGUGGUCACUGCUGCACAACAGAAAGGGAACUAGGUAUGGAAUCAUGGGCACUAAAAUUGCAGAUCUAAAUUAUAUAUAGUCAUGUAUUCAAGGGAAUAAGUUGCCUUGCACUCACUGAGUCACUGGCAUGGUAGAGGUGACGACAUUCCAGCCGAUGUUACACUGCUUCGUCAAUACAAGCGUUGCAACAAAGAAAGCAAUAGGCCUCCCAUCACUGAACUUCCCUGAGCUUGUCAGCUUGCCGAGGAUCAAUGUCAAAAUGCAAAAAGUCCAGGACUCCAGGUGCACCAAGUGAUCCCUAUCCCUAUGUUCAGAGUCUUUUUAGGGCACUCCCAAUGCAAGACUCUAUCACAGAGUCCAAGACAAUUAAUUACAUAUUAUUUAUGGUAUUUUGCUGAUAUGGCACCAUAUUUAUUGAAGAAAGAGGUAGAAAAAAUAAGACUCCAAGUCUUAUUUAGACUCCAAGUCCACAUUGUUCGAGGUAAUAAAUAGCUUUAGACUCCAUGAUAGAGUCUGCAUUGUGAGUGCUCUUAUGUAGGGAGAAGAUAAAUAAAAUAUUAAAGGUCGAGUUGAAGCAACGGCGUGUGAUUCUUCACCUGAAAGACAGGAUUGAAGAGACGGCUUAAACUCUGCUUGCCGUCUCCACCUAUAUUUUUUCCACCAUUCCACACCUAGAUUCCACA